AAUAUUAACAAGGAAAGCAUUAUGGGUAUGACGUCAAGCCAGGUCCAUCAUGGCUACCAAGACAAUGUUGUUAAGAAAGGUUGCUCUCUCUUCCCCGACUGCUCAACACUUCCUGCUUGUCAGAUAUUUGUCAGCAACAGGAUGCAUGGCUCAGAGAGACAGUUGGUUGAACAAACUUUUGGUUCGAAAAAUCGAGCCUACAAAAGAAUCACAUUCUCGUAUGCUGUCUGAUAAAGAGACUAUAUUUGAACUGCAAACCCAUAAUCUCAAACCUGGUAAUGGAAGUGCUUACCUCAAGAAUUAUGAGGAAUACGUGAAAGGUGUUGCUGACAAAUUUGCAGACCAGUCCGUUCACCCUGAACUUCAAGGGUCGUGGACUGUUGCAGUUGGUGACCAGGAUCAGUGUGUUCACUUAUGGAAGUAUGCUGGAGGAUAUGGUGCUAUAGAUGCUGCUAACAAAUUAUAUGCCUCAGAUCCAGAUUUGUCAAAACUGAUUCAGGAUAGAAAUCCAUAUUUACGACAACGCUCAAAUCAGUUCCUGCUACCCUUCAGCUUCUGGCCUCCAGUCAGUCCACGUGAAGGUGGAAAUAUAUACGAGAUCCGCUCAUAUUUCUUAAAGCCUGGCACCAUGAUUGAAUGGGGAAACAACUGGUCAAGAGCUAUUCACUUUCGGCAAGCAAAUAACGAGGCCUUCGGAGGAUUCUUCUCUCAGGUUGGCCGCCUCUACAAUGUUCAUCACAUCUGGUGUUACAGUUCUCUGGAGGCAAGGAAGGAAGCGCGGGAAAAUGCCUGGCGUGAUCCAGGAUGGGACGAGGUGGUUGCAUACACAGUGCCUCUAAUUAGUGAGAUGCACGCCAGGAUUCUUGUUCCAAAUUCGAUAUCCCCAGCUCAGUAAUGAUUGUAAGGUUAUGGGUUGAGCACUUCCCAAGUGAUGUUGAUAGAUAUCUGGUAUUGUUUAUUUUUAUGUAUGUGCAGUUGGGCCCCGACUUCGGAUGACAAUGCGUUCCCGAGAACUGUUCAUUACUAGUGUGUUUAUACGUUGUAACCCAUUUUUUCCAAAGAUUCCAAUCCUAUAGUCAAAGAUGUGGUUUCCGACCCUUUUAUUCCAUACAUAAUUUAAUUUUUUCCAUUAACAUUAAAAAAUGUGAAGUAUGUACUUGGAUAAGUCUCCUCCCUGCCCCCUCCCCUCCUCUCUCACAUUUUCUUUCCUCCUGCUUUAUACCCUUUCUGUUUCUCCCUUAUCCUUUUUCCCUUUUCCUUUCUCCCUUUUCCUUUCUCCCUUUUCCUUUCUCCCCUUUCCCUUUCUCCCCUUUCCCUUUCUCCCCUUUCCCUUUCUCCCCUUCUCCCUUUUUCCCCUUUCCCAUUUUCCCAUCCCUUGUUGUAAUGGGAAGGGAGGGAGGGUAGUGGAGUAAGGCAGGAGCAACAACUCCUCCCUCCCUCUCUCAUUGUAUUACACAACACUUAAAUUAUGCUCUCUUACAUACGUUUAAUGUUAUGUUGAGGGAAAUUAGGUCCCGAACAGGAGGAUAGGGAGGGAUAGAGGGUGGUGGAGGAAGGUGAGCAGAGACUGCACCUCAGCCACAGAUUGCAUAUUAGAUACACCCACCUACCCCUAACACACAAACAUAAUUUUUAAGUCUGUAGAUAUUGACCAGUCAUUUUAAAACAAAAGCAUUCUAUCCAUUCAUGAAUAAACUGAACAUACACAAAGUAUUGUAGCAUUUGCUAAAAAUGUAGUUGAGGAUUUUUCUUAUAAUUUAGCUUUACCAAAAACAUAAUUUCUAAAUUCACAGUUCUUGACCAAUCUCUACUAUUCAUGAACUUUCUGUAAGUGCAUAUAAUGAAGAUACCCAAAUUGUCAAUAUAUUUGUUUAAAAUUAACCAUAAAAAAAUAUUUAUCUCAGCAUUAAUAAAAACAUAGUACUAAUUUAUAAAUCUUCAGUUCUUGAACAUUCUGUAACAAACAUAUCAAUUCUCCACAUUUGCAUAAAAUGAAUAUGCACAAAUUAUUGCAUUUGUUAAAAACUGAGGAUUUUUUCAGUAUAAACCAUCCUUACUGAAUAGUGAUACAGUUUUUCUCAGUGGACUUCAAGUGAUAUUUCCAUCGCCACAUACAGCCCCCACUCUGCAAGGGCGAGUUGUUUUUCAGUAAUUGGUCCCAGAGUGCUUCUUUUGUAAGUCAGGGUCCUACUGUACUGUACAGUUUGUAUGUGUGUGUAUACUGUAUAGUAUUUCAUUCUGCAUAUGAGGAGCUUUUUCCAUUGACUUUCCUGAAUAGUGCCUCAGGCGCUGGCCAAAAAUAUUCAAUUCUCAAUUAAUUUGUGUGUAUGUAUACUGUAUAUAUAAACACACACACAUGCACAGAUAUACACACACGCAAUUACACACACACAUGCACAUGCACACAAACACCCACAUACAGGGACAGGAUGUUUCAGAGAUGGGACACUGCAACAAGGGUUCACAACUGGAAGUUUAAAGCUCAGAUGAGUCAAAGGGAUGUUAGGAAGUAUUUCUUCAGUCAUAGAGUUGUCAGGAAGUGAAACAAUCUUGUGAUGUAGUGGAGGCAGGAUCCAUACAUUACUUUAAGAAUAGAUAAAGUAAAGCACAUGGAGCAGGGAGAGAGUGGACCUAGUAGCGACUAGCGAAGAGGCAGGGCCAGGAACUGUGACUCAAUGCCUGCAACCACAAAUAGGAGAGUAAACCAUACCACACCACACCAAACAUCACACCACAUGCAUGUACAUAUACACACACAUGCAUACAUCCGUGGAAAGGGAAGCAUUGUAGUGAACGAUCCGUGUGUUCAUCAGAAAGUAGGUGGUGUCAUUUACCUAUGUACAGUAUAUAAGGCACAAUGUACAAAUCUCUUCAUACCUCCUCGACAACUAACUUUUACAAUACACGUAUAUGUUUUUAUCUUAAAGGUAUAUACGACUCAUUUUACAUUAGGCUGACAAUUACUGUGGUGUACCAUACUUUUGGCAUUUCAUGGAAUUACAUAAGAUGCCUUAUGUUGUUGAGUAUAUAGUGAUGAUGGAGGUUAUGCUGGAAAGGGGCAUAUCUGAAAGUCCAGUUUUUUUUUUCUUUCCCUAAUGGUAAAAGGCUGAUUUAUAAUUUACACUGUUGGGUAAAUCUCAGUCUCUCUCUCUCCCUCAUCUGUCUUCAUACACUACUUGAAAUAUGUACUUGAAAUGACACUUUAUUCAUACCUCAUUUGGUCUAACUUUUACCCAAGUGAUAAGGAGUACAUGCUUGUCAUCUUUGUUUUAUCACAUGUACAGAUAGUCAACAAGUAUUUUUAUUGGCAAUUUUAUUUUUGCCAUUUGCUUAAUACAGCUGUAUCAAGUACAAAGCUCUGUUUGUUUAUUGCUACUGCAUUCUUGCAUUAAAUUGUAAUAGAAAUAUUUUUUCAUUUUAGAAAGAAUAUUACAUGGAUUUUUAGUGGCAAUUGUUGUAUAAUAUAUUGGUAAUGUUUUAGUUUAGUGAACUCCUGCUUCUCUGGCUCUUUUUGGAUCAAAUCUUGAUGCAACAGACAAGAUCUUAAGUCAUUUACCUGAAUACUAUCCAGUGGAGAAGACUCUUCUACUAAUUUAGCAUUGAGUUAACAGAGAUAACAAAUUCACUAAAUGAUGAAAGGCAGUCUGUGAUUACUGUUUAGUAUAACAAAUGGUAUCUAUGGUGUUUUGGUAUACUUCAAACAUCUAGGAGUUAAAAUAGCAAGAAACAAUACACUGUACAUAGAAAAGAAACUAUAAUAUGACUAUUUAAAAACUGCAGUUUUCAUGUUCUCUGAUUCCCUUCCUCACUUAUUACAUUUGUUACUGACUGCAGGGUGUUAACAAAUGGAUUUGAAAUACCAUGAAUGUGGCAUUUAGCUUCUUUGAAAAUGCUCUAUCUUGGUUCAGAAAAAUAGGGAAAAAUAAAAGAGCUCACUUGAACAUAUGGAGUUUAUUCACCAGUUAAUCUGGAUAAGCAAGAGUUUACUCUUUAAUGUGAUGGUAAUUACAUUAUAGCAGUGCAUGUGGUAUAUUGGUGAACAAAGUUAUUUAAGGAACAGAAUAUACAAUCCCUCAAAAAUUAUCAGUUGUGGACUGAGUUUCAAGUAUCGUGACAAAUUUGUUGCUAAUUUAUAUUUUUGUGAGUCUUUUUCUAUUAAACUGUGCAAUCUGAGAAAAUUAUUAUCAAUAUGUGUGACUAGGGAUUACAUAAAACUGUCUGUUGUAUAAGUUUUACAUGAAAAUUAAUACUAGUUUAUAUAUUAGAGUUUUAUCUGACAGUGUUUUUAUGUCUCAACUUGUUCUCUUACCUAGAGAGAAUGUCCUUCAGUAAUGUAUCUUAGGAGUUUGCCGUGACAAUUAACUAGUACCAGCAAAUAUCCUGAUUGAAGCAUUGUGAUAAGUGAUUGUACAUUGCUCUGUAUCUAUAAUACAGGUUUCAGUCUUUUUC